GGUCUUACCAAAACGUGUUUGACAAAAAGAAAAAAAGUAAAUCCCCAAAUUCUUCAGAUAUUUUUUCCAUUGAAUUUCUCAAACUCAGUAUGUAGGGUUUUUCCUUGAAACCCUAAUUUCUGAUUUUGUAUCCUAACAGACCCCGCUAAUUUUUUAUUUUUAUUUUGAUUUUGUAGUCUGAGAAAACCCCCUAAAUUGUUUGAUCAGAAACCCUUGUUGUAACCCAUUGUUUCUCUGGUCAUCUAAUUGUUGGAUCUGUUCUCAAAUUUGAUCUCCUUCUCUGGGUUUUCGCUGUUGUUGUUGCUGUUGCUGUUGUUGUUUUCAUUUAGUUUCAUUUCUUUGUUCAUAUCUGGUAGGAAUGGUGAGGAAGAAGAAGAAGCCACAAAAGGUUAACGGAGACGGGGAAAGUAAGGAAGAGAGAGACGUGAAAUGCUUGGCAGAGGCAUUUUCGUUAGUCUCAUUGGAAGAAGUAAACUCAGCUUAUAAAGAAGCACAGGGAGAUAGUAACAAAGCUGCUGAGAUAUUAAGUGAUUUGAUGAUGAAUACGGAUAAUGAUUCAUUUAGAGGGGGUGCUUGUUCAAGUUCCACUUCUUCUUCGUUUUUCGAAUCAUCUUCUAACAAUAGUGAAGAGCGUAUGACAAGUUCCAGUUCCAGUUCAUCAGAGAUGUUUUGGGAAUCAGAUAUUCAAAGAACCCAUGAUAGUUCUGGAAUGGGUUUUGUGGACUGUAAGGCAAAGAGGGUUGUAGCUACUGCUGGGACUGUAUCUGGUGUAAUAGGGAAAGAUUACGUUAGGUCAAGUCCAUUGGAUAAGGAAAGGGGAAGAGGGGGAGGAGGAGGAGAACAACACUAUAAUUCUCCUAAAUGGAAAAAUACUUGUAUGGUUAAUGGUGUCAGUGUUGGGAAUGAAGAAGCUGAGCAGUUUUUGUUCUCGAUGCUUGGAGAUGGUUGUGAUCUUAGCAUGGCUGUGGUCAGAGAUGUAUUCUGUCAAUGUGGAUAUGAUGUUGAAAAGAGGUAUCUAUUCUGAACUGCAGUACUUGGACAUGUAUUUGCUCAUACUCUGGGGCAUGCGGUACCAAGUUCCAAAUGAAGUGGCAGGUCAUCUCUUCAAUAUUGAUACUCAUCUUCAUAUUAGCAAUCCAUGCGAUGUUUGCUUUGCUGUGGCUUCCGUGUCAAUGGAUAAUCUUGUUACGUUACUCAGCUUCUGUUGUAAAAGUAGAAUUUCUGCCAGGUUAGUAGUUUUCAGUGCGAGUAUGAGCAACCUUUCAGGUGUUAGUUACUAUCACGACAAUGGAAAUCUUCAAGUUUUGAGUAAGUUGGAUUAUAAUUUCUGAAACUAUUUAAUCGAAGUUGGACUAUAUUUUUGAGGAAGUUGGACUAUGACUAUGGCGUUCAAUGUGACCAUGGGUAUUGUCUUGAACAAGGAGUUGUUAUUUGUAAGAUUUGUCCGUGAAUGAGUCUUUUGCAACAAUACCUGUAUUCGCAUUUGGCGUAAUUCUAUUUACUUAU